GGGAAGUGACGCCCCCUGCGCGUCCUGGGGGACACCGAGGUCCCCGGUUCCGAGAAGGGGCGAGGGUGGCGGGGAAGCUACCGGGUCCGCAGGACCGGAAGCCGGCACCCCGUCCCGGGCACCCGUGGCCUCGCGACCCCGAGUGGAGCCGUCAGUCUUUGCUGUUUCUGAGAUGCGGGGGGCGGAGGUGGGAGAGGAGCCUCUCUUCGCAGCCCAGGCUGGCCCCGAACUCACAGAGAUCCCCGGCCUCUGCCUCCUGAGUGCUGGGGUUGCAGAUCUUCGACCCCCCGGAGGAGCUGGAGCGGAAGGUAUGGGAGCUGGCAAGGCUGAUGUGGCAGUCCUCCAGCGUGGUCUUCCACACGGGCGCCGGCAUCAGCACCGCCUCUGGCAUCCCCGACUUCAGGUCCGUGAACAAGGAGGGGAAACUGAGGCAGGGGCUCUUGCUGAUACUUCUGGGACCUAGAGGCCCCCAUGGCGUGUGGACCAUGGAGGAGCGUGGCCUGGCCCCCAAAUUUGACACCACCUUCGAGAGCGCCCGACCCUCGAAGACCCACAUGGCCCUGGUACAACUGGAACGCAGGGGCUUCCUCAGCUUCCUGGUCAGCCAGAAUGUGGACGGGCUGCACGUGCGCUCCGGCUUCCCCAGAGACAAGCUGGCUGAGCUCCACGGAAACAUGUUCGUAGAGGAAUGUCCCAAGUGUAAGACGCAAUACGUGAGAGACACAGUCGUGGGCACCAUGGGCCUGAAGGCCACAGGCCGGCUCUGCACGGUGGCCAAGGCGCGGGGACUUCGGGCUUGUAGGGGGGAGCUGAGGGACACCAUUCUGGACUGGGAGGACUCGCUGCCUGACCGGGACCUGAUGCUCGCUGACGAGGCCAGCAGGACCGCAGACCUGUCAGUCACCCUGGGCACCUCGCUGCAGAUCCGCCCCAGUGGGAACCUGCCCCUUGCCACUAAGCGCCGGGGAGGUCGUCUGGUCAUUGUCAAUCUGCAGCCCACAAAACACGACCGCCAGGCCGACCUGCGCAUCCAUGGCUACGUGGACGAGGUGAUGAGCAAACUCAUGAAGCAUCUGGGCCUGGAGAUCCCCACCUGGGAGGGACCCUGCGUGCUGGACAAGGCCCUACCGCCCCUGCCGCGCCCUGCUGCACCCAAGGCUGAGCCCCCUGUGCAUCUCAACGGCUCAGUGCACACUAUGUUUAAGCCAGAGCCUGACAGCCCUGUACCCCAGAGGCCCCCCAAAAGGGUGAAGACUGAGGCUGUCCCCAGCUGACCCGAGUGCGUGGGACAAGAGAGGUGCUUAUAGGAACCACACAUGUUGGGGUUUUUCUGUUUUUUUUUUUUAUGUACUGGGGACCACACCCAGGCUUGCACAUACUGUACCCCGCCUUUUUGGAUUUUUCUUUGAGACCUGGGCUCCCUGAGUCACUCAGGCUGCUCUUGAACUCAUCGCUGUAGCCCAGGCUGGCCUGGAGCUGGUGCCCUUCGCCCUGCAGCCUCCUUCCGGGUCCCUCCGGGGAAUCUCAGGAUACAGGGAGUCCCACAUGGAUGGAGGAGGCUAUGUCCCAGGGCUGGGAUUCACACGCCUCUCCACCGGCCACACCCCCUUGCGACUCAGGAUGUGCCCCGGCACCCACACACUCCACCCCACCCACCUUGACCCAUCUAUGCAUAGGAGGGAUAAGGGGCUCAUCUAGGCUAAGGGCCCCAGGCUUCCAAAAGCCCCCGAUGCAAUAAACACAGAAUUCCUUUCA